GAUACUACCAUCGUGGGCCAGGAGAAGGAACAAUUACAACAUCAUCAUGAUUCCAGGGAUAGUCAGAGAAGACAGAAGCUGGCCGAUGUACCCCGAAUGAGCCACGCAGAGCAGGAACGAUUGCGCUAUCAGACUGAUCCUGAACAUCGCCAGAGAAGACUGCAAGCAGCCAAAGAGCGCUAUCAUAAGCUCAAGCAUGAUCCAGAGUUUCGUCUGAAAUGCGCCAAGGUCACACGACGUUGGCGAGCAGACCACAAAGGAGACGUCGAGUGGUAUAGGCGAUAUGUGUACGCUGCUGUGACACGAGCCCGUAAUCGCAGACUGGCAGACGACGCUGUCCGCCUAGAAGCUAAUGUUAAAAAAUCUGAAUGGGGUCGACAGCGUUAUCGAGCCGAUCCUCAGAACAGGUUAUAUGUUGGCCUCAAAAGCUGGUAUCACAGGCACAGAGAUCACCUCAGUCAAUUUGUUUGGGAACACUGGCAACCCAUCUAUUUCGAAGAUAAAGUUGAGAAGACCUGCGCUACUUGUGCCAUGACUAGGACAAAUGGGACUAGGAUAAAUGGCCGUCGCUUCUGGUUUGAGCGUAAGAAUACAUCCGAAUCUGGUUCUGCUCUGUACGAAUGCCUUGGAUGCUACGCCGAAUCAAAAUGGUCCAAGAUCGUACCCACGGAAGCGAAAGGGAAAUGGCGCUUCUACAAACCUAAGGACCCAGAAAUCCUUNNUUUUUUGCUUGAGGCUCGAGAAAAGGAAUAA